UCGCAGUGACAACCAAUGGCGUUAUUUUACCUGCCACCACUGCAGCGGUGAGCACGUGGUUUCUGUUGACGUCGUACCAGUAUGCCGCGCUCGAAGCGAAAUCGUCAAGUCUCUCUUACGCGGACGAAGAAGAAAGGAUUGGAGCAUAAGCGGGAUCUCAUCCAGGAGGUGCGGGAUGCGUUCGAGAAGUACGACAAGGUGUUCGUGUACUCGGUGUCCAACAUGCGCAACAGUAAGCUCAAAGACGUGCGCCAAGAAUGGAAGGACAGCAGGUUCUACUUUGGCAAAAACAAGGUGAUGAGCGUGGCGCUGGGUCGGUUCAUCGACGAGGACCACCGUGAGAACCUGCACAAAGUGAGCGAGCGGCUACGUGGCCAGUGUGGCCUCUUCUUCACCAAUGCCCCCAAGGAGAAAGUGUUGCAGUGAGUGUCAUGGCAGUUUGCUUGU